AUGUGCCAUCACUGUGGAAAGAGUUUAAAAAACAACGCAAACCUUGAGAAUCACAUAAAAGGUCACACUGGAGAGAAACCUUUCACCUGCAAACAGUGUGGAAAUAGUUUCAGGGUUAAAGGAAACCUAAAGAUUCACAUGAGAGUCCACACUGGAGAGAGACCUUACAAGUGUCUUCAGUACCUGAUGCCACUGAAAGAGGAGAUUCAAGAACUUGAUGUAAAGAUAGAGAAAGAUCUAGAUGAGAAACAUCACGAUUUAAGAACUGGAGAAAAUUCUCGAAAAAGUGCUCAGAAGACAGGAGCUAGAAGUCAUUUCACCUGCCAACAGUGUGGAAAGAGUUUCACUCGGAAAGAAAACCUUAAAGUUCACACGAGGAUUCAUACAGGAGAGAAACCUUACACCUGCCAAAAGUGUGGAAAAUGCUUCAUUCAGAAUGAAACUCUUAAAAACCACAUGAGAAAACACACUGGAGAGAAGCCUUACACCUGCCUUCAUUGUGGAAAGUGUUUUAAACAUAAAGCAGCAAUGAAUGUCCACAUGAGAAUUCACACUGGAGAGAAACCGUUCGUAUGUGCUCGAUGUGGAAUGAACUUCAGAUGUAAAGUAAAUCUUGAUUACCACGUGAAGAUUCACUCAAGAGAUAACUGUUUUCUAUGCCAUCGGUGUGAAAUGAGUUUUACAGACACAAAUCACCUUAAGAAUCAUGUAACAACUCACAUUGGAGAAGAGCCUUUCAUGUGCCAUCACUGUGGAAAGAGUUUAAAACACAAUGCAAACCUUGAGAAUCACUUGAGAGUUCACACUGGAGAGAAACCUUUCACCUGCGAACAAUGUGGAAAGAGUUUCAGGGUUAAAGGAAACCUUAAGUUUCACAUGAGAGUUCACACUGGAGAGAGACCUUACAAGUGUCUUCAGUGUGAGAAGAGUUUCACAUAUCAAAAUGUCCUGAAACGUCAUUUGCAAACUCAUUCCAGGAAGAAAUUGCCGUCUUCCUCAGAGUGACAAGAGGUUUAGAAAAAGGAGUGAUUUCUUGGAUUACCCCCUUCUCCUUUCUUCAGAUAUCUACAGGUACGGAAUUAUGUUAAAAGUAAUAUUCCUAAUUUUGAAACUUACAAAUCCCCUGAACAUCUUUAUCUUUGUAUGACAUCUGAACUCAAUUUGAAGGGUCUUGUUUCUAGAUUCGUUGAAUGUUUUAAUGACUCCAGGGUUCCUCCUACACAACUUUUGAAGAUGUCCUGGGAGAAAGACCUAGAUAUAGAUAUUUCAGAAGACACUUGGACUGAGGCUCUUCAAGGCAUUAGAUUGUGUUCCAUCAGCUCUAACUUUCAGCUCAUUCAAUAUAAAGUUGUGCACAGAUAGAAUUAUUCUCGUACCAGGUUUCAUUCUAUAUACCCCUCUGUGUCACCUUUAUGUAUUAAAUGUAAGUCCAACGAGGGAACCUUGGGUCAUUUAUUUUGGUUCUGUCCAAAAAUGUGUAAGUUCUGGUGUGAAGUGUUUUGUUUUUAUUCAAGGGCAUUUAAGACUGAUUUUCCCCAUUACCUCCUUGUUUCUGUAUUAGGCUGGGCUCCAUAUUUGGAGACCUAUAGUCCAAAUCAAACUCAGGCAGUUCAGUAUGGGAUCACAAUAGCAAAGAAGACUAUUUUGAAGA